CGUCGCCUGUGGAACACGAAUGAUGGCUCUGACCCGGAGGACAAGUUGGGUGAUUUGGACUCUAGUCUUGAUGGUCAUGUGUACGCCGAUAACAAAUGGAUUGGAGGAAACGAAUCCGCUGUUUUGGAGGAGCGAAGCGCACGACGAACUCCGAGCCGCCCUCAGGUCCACUGAGCACAACACUAACCGCGCCGAAGCCGUUAUUUUUUUCAUUGGGGAUGGACUCGGUGUAAGCACAAUAACUGCUGCACGGAUCAUGAAAGGGCAGCGAGCAGGAGCGCCUGGGGAGGAGGCUAAACUGUCCUUCGAGGACUUCCCUCAUUUUGGAUACUCUAAGACAUACAACACGAACUCUCAGGUACCGGACUCAGCCGGGACUGCCACCGCGUACCUGACCGGCGUCAAGGCGAAGAGACGCACAAUCGGAUUGGACGCCGGGAUCAAAAACGUUUCAGUGUGCUACCCAACCACGAUGAACCAUAGCGUGGACUCGAUCUUGAAACUGGCCAAGGAAGCAGGAAUGGCCGUGGGUUUUGUCACUACGACACGGGUGACUCAUGCAUCGCCAGCAGCGACGUACGCACACGUACCGGAGCGGUUCUGGGAGGCCGCCCUACCGGAGGAGGCACGGCAGGCCGGCUGCAAGGACAUCGCCGCCCAGCUGGUCGAGUCGGACUUUGACAUCGAUGUCAUCAUGGGAGGCGGUCGCGGCUGGCUGACCCCGUAUAACCUCUCCGAUCCGGUGGAACCGGACAAGUUUGGAGCCAGGCCGGACGGGAGGAAUCUGAUCGAGGAGUGGCAAGCGAGAUACAGUCAGAAGGGAAUUGCGAAGUACGUGUGGAACCAGACGGAGUUCGACCGGAUCGAUCCGUGGAAUACGGACUAUCUGCUUGGACUGUUCGGCUAUGAACAUCUGCAUUACUCUGACGACAGAGCUCAAGGCGUCGGUGAACAACCGAGCCUUGCUGAGAUGAUGGAGAAGGCAAUCAGAUUGCUCCGGCGGAAAAAUAAUCGAUUCUUUCUUUUCAUCGAAGCCGGUAGGAUAGACCACGCACACCAUCUCUCCCUCGCCUCUCAUGCCCUGAGCGACACCAUCGCGCUUGAGCAGGCUGUUAGCAAAGCAGUGGCGUUGACAAAUGACAACACUCUGAUCACUGUGACAGCCGAUCACGGGCAUACGUUAUCGUUCGCUGGGUACCAGCCACGGGGUCAUAAGAUUCUGGAUAAGAUAUUCUCUGACGAGCGUGGACUACCAUAUACCACACUUGGCUAUUACAACGGGCCUUACAAUUCGAUCGUCCAGAAGUCACUAGUUGAGACUGAUGAGCGCCCGAAUAUAACCAACGUUAACACAGCUGACUCUAACUACCAGCAGCAGGCUCUGAUGUUUCAUUUGUACGAGACGCACGGUGGCGAGGAUGUUGCCAUCUUCUCUCGCGGGCCCUGGUCCCACCUGUUCCACUCGGUCCACGAGCAGAACUACAUCAUGCACGUCAUGCAGUACGCCGCCUGCAUUGGGGACUACCUUGACCGGUGCCACACGGCGGAUCCUACCGAGGGCUCGCCCGUAACGACCCCCGGGAGCGGGAGCGCGUUCCCCCGGUCGAUGGCGUGGCUCCCGUUGGUCCUAUACGCGGCAACUCGAGCUUUGGAGUAGCCAUUUAUAUAUCUGCAAUUUUGUAAACAUCAAGAUUGUAAUUUGAGACUUAAGGGUUUGCAAAGUCGACAAGAUCAAUGAAUGGGGGGUUUGCGAUAACAUCAUGUCAAUAGCUGAAAUAGCUGCAACAUUGAGAUUUCUGCCUGAAAUGACAUCACACUGUUGCUUGGUAACAUGCAACUUGGCAUUAGCAUAACAAAAACAAAAAAACAGCACCAGAAUUUCCUUAC